UUGUGGCUUCCUACUCUCUGAAACUUCUUGCACAAACAGGUUCACACCGAGACAGAGGAGCGUUGUGUGACAGUAACACGUCCGCGCUGUGAGGCGCCAGGAGCAGGUACAAGUCAGAAUGAAUUCAACAAAGCGCAGACACCAAAUUGGAGCGUAAUUGAACCCAUGACAACCUUUUUCAUUGGUCAGUUUUGAUAUGAAGUGCGCAUGAAUGUUUUUUUAUUUAUUUUUUCCGAGUGUUUUUGUCGCAUGUUGCUGAACUAGCUGUGUGAACAUGAAGUUUAAUGGCUAUCUCAAGCUCCGGAUCGGUGAGGCGGUGGACCUGAAGCCCACCACCUUCUCCCUGCGCCACUCGGUCAUCUUCAACAAAGCCCCCCCGGGCCUGGACCCCUACAUUGUGGUGAAGGUAGACGACAUCAAAAUUGGACAAACUAUCACCAAACAGAAAACCAACACACCGACGUUCAACGAGGAGUUCUGCCUCAACGUGACCGACGGGAAACAAAUCGAGUUGGCAGUCUUUCACGAUACUCCCAUCGGUUAUGAUGACUUUGUGGCCAACUGCAUCAUUCAGUUUGAGGACCUCAUAGAAACUUCCAACACAGGAGAGACCUUCGAUGGAUGGAUGGACUUGGAGCCAGAGGGCAAGGUUUACGUUCAUAUUGCACUGACUGGAUCCUUCACUGAUGACGACGCCAUAGUGAAAGAGAAGAAGAAGCAGUUUACAAGGAAGCGUCAGGGCGCCGUGAGACGAAGGAUCCACCAGGUCAACGGGCACAAGUUCAUGUCUACUUUUCUCCGUCAACCCACCUUCUGUUUCCAUUGCAAAGAGUUCAUCUGGGGUGUUUUCGGAAAGCAGGGCUACCAGUGCCAAGUGUGUACCUGUGUGGUUCACAAACGAUGCCACCAGCUCGUCGUCACCAUGUGUCCACGCAUGAAGAAUCCAACCAAUGAGCAGCCUGUAACCCAAGGCUUCAGCAUCAACAUCCCUCACAUGUUCAACAUCCACAACUACAAAUCACCCACUUUCUGUGACCACUGUGGCUCCCUGCUGUGGGGAAUAGUGAAGCAGGGGCUGCACUGUAAAAUCUGUAAAAUGAAUGUUCACAUCCGCUGCAGAGGCAACGUCGCUCCAAACUGUGGGGUCAACAGUGUGGAACUGGCCAAUAAGCUUGCAGAGAUGGGUCUGCAGGCUGGAGGACUCUCGAAACGCAACUCAUUGGCCAGAAGUGCCAGUCAGAUAGGGGUGCCCACUGAAAGGAGGCAGAGUACAAACAGUCAGACAGAGACCCCUCGACUGGGCAUCUCAGACUUCACGUUUCUUCAAGUUCUCGGCAAAGGCAGUUUUGGCAAGGUGAUGCUGGCGAAACUAAAUGGCAAAGAUCUAGUUUUUGCGAUCAAGGUUUUGAAGAAGGACAUCAUUUUGCAGGACGAUGAUGUGGAGUGCACCAUGACUGAAAAGAGGGUUCUGUCUCUGGCCGGCUGCCACCCCUACCUCACACAGCUGUACUGUUGCUUCCAGACGCCGGAACGCCUCUUCUUUGUGAUGGAGUUUGUGAAUGGUGGCGAUCUUAUGUUCCACAUCCAGAAGUCCAGGAAGUUUGAAGAGCCUCGAGCGCGUUUCUACACUGCAGAGAUCACCUCCGCUCUCAUGUUCCUGCACAACAAAGGCAUCAUCUACAGGGAUCUAAAACUGGACAAUGUUCUUCUUGACAAAGACGGCCACUGUAAGCUGGCGGACUUUGGCAUGUGCAAAGAGGGCAUGUUUGAAGGCGCGGCAACAGGAACUUUCUGUGGGACUCCGGAUUACAUUGCACCCGAGAUCCUGCAGGAGAUGCUAUACGGGCCCUCUGUUGAUUGGUGGGCUCUCGGGGUGCUGCUGUAUGAGAUGCUGUCGGGACACGCUCCAUUUGAGGCUGAAAAUGAAGAUGACCUCUUUGAAUCUAUCCUCAAUGAAGCGAUCGUUUAUGCGUCUUGGCUCAGUGAUGAGGCAGUGAAUAUACUCCAAUCUUUCUUGACCAAAAACCCUGCCCGACGUCUGGGCUGUGUGGCCUCAGAAGGCGGAGAGAGUGCUGUGACCGGCCAUGCCUUCUUCACUGGCAUCGAUUGGGCGAAGCUGAAUCGUAGAGAAAUAGAGCCGCCCUUCAAGCCUAGGAUCAAAACACCAGAAGACGUCAACAACUUUGAUCCAGAUUUCACCCGGGAAGAGCCCACCCUAACGCCCAUCGAUGACCCUAUGAUCCCUUCCAUCAACCAGGAGGAGUUCCGUAACUUCUCCUUCACCUCGCCUGAACUGCAGGAGAGCUAAGAGUUUCCUCAUUGAUCCACAAUUCUUCCUGCACCCCAACUGUUUCCAGCAUCCGUGAAUUGCCUAAGACUGUUCCCCGUGGUACGUGCAGCAUGUUGCUGCCAAAUUCCCCAGAGACAUGAGGAUGCAAAUUGCCAAGGACUCAGCCAAACACACGCUUGACAGGAACUGGGUCUGCACCUGGUGAACUUUCAAGCGCUCCUGUAUUUCUAGAGAAAUUGCCAUGUGAUCGUCUUUUGAAAUACUAUUAAAUCUUGACUUACCCCUCACUCUGGACACAUUCCUCCAAAUGUCAUUAUGUAAAUGGUGUAUUUGAUAUGUGUUUGAAAAGUGUACAACCAUUGAUUUUUACUGUACAUUUUACUCUGGAUGAGUUUGCUUCCUGUUACUUAAAAUGAAAAGGCACUUUUUGAAGCAUAAA